GAUCGGACGUUACAACAUUUUGAUCUGAAGCAACGACGGGAGCUCCCUCUCGCUCGCUGUGAAGGCAACUUUCUUCCUUUCGCGCGCUUCUUCGGCCAAAUCCCGUAAAUCCGACUUCUAGCGGGAUUAGGAUUUACCGGGAUUUAGCGGAUUUACGGCGUAAAUCCGCAAAUCCGGGAUUUACGGAUUUACCGCGCCAUUUUUUGCGUUUGGCUGGAUUUACCGUAAAUCCUACUAAAAACUCGAAAUAAAUCCGAUACCAAACACCCCCUAAAAGAAAUAAGAGAAAGCGAGCGAGGGCGAUCGCCGAGAGAAGUUGUGCAGCCUGCCCUCUCGCUCCUCUCUGUCUCUCUCUAUCUAUCUCUCCCUCGCUCCAUAUUUUAUGGAUUCCGAUGAGAAAAGUCUCUGUAACAAUGAUAUGUGGGAAUGGCAAGAAGAUGAUUAUUGUCUAAAUGAGACGACAAGGAAUGAUAUCUCUCGUUGCUUGUGGGAUGAAGUGAACCAAAGUGAGGACAGUUUGAUCUACAUGCUAGAGGAACAAACACCUAUCAAAGAUUGUGCAGAUUUUGGUUACCAGACAGCCAAUAUUGAAGAAAAUAUAAACAAGCUAUUCGAGGAAUGCAGAGAUUCUUCGCAGCAAAAGAGACGGCGUGUGCUGCAUUUCCCCUGUGAUGCUAAUGAUUCUUCUAUUUGCAAUGUGCAACCUACUUCUGUCUUUCUCAGAUCUAAGGAAAGGGAGGAUGAACAAAUAGAUGACGGAGGACCGUCAUCAUCGGCAAAUAUCGAAUGGAGCCCGCAGUGGGAUAUAGGAUUGUCAGAUGGUAACUGUGCCUUCAACUCAGAGGCUUGGGAUCAGGCAUCUGAGGGAUGGCUUGACGACUGCCUUGAUUCAAGCAUGAUGCAAUGCAAGAUAGAGGAAACUGUAGCUCCUAUUGAAGACCUGAUCUGUGAUGAGGCAUCUAAUCAGGAAGUCCAUAUUACAGAGCGCAACAACUUGUCAUCUGACGUCGAAUCAGAUUUGGCACAACAGAGCCAACCUUCACCUCUACCCAAAAUUUUGAAUGGCAGGAAAUUCAUUAUAGGACCAUCCACAAAGUUAACAAGUUCUGUUGCCUACCCUUUUGCUCUAAUCAAACCUUGUGGAGUUGAAGGGGAUUUGACUCUCAAGGACAUAAAUCAGAGGCUACAUAACCCAUUACCUUCAAGAACAAAACACAAGGAAGAUGAUAACUCUUCCCUUUCUUUUCCUACUUCAGCUUUCUCAGGUAAGCCUGUUGUUGGUAAAACUAAAAUCCGCACUGAAGGUGGCAAAGGUAGCAUUACUAUCAUGAGAACCAAAGGUUGAUUGGUCCAUUCCUCUCUCUCUCUCUCUCUCUCUCUCUCUCUCUCUCUCUCUCUCUCUCCCUCUCUCUCUCUCUCUCCCUCUCUCUCUCUCUAUCUAUCUUUCUCUCUCUCUCUCUCUCAUGCAUUUCCUUUUGUAACAAAUUGUAUGAGAAUUGCAGGCCAUAUAGUAAAUAGUGUGGAUGUCUUAUUGAACAAUUUUGUGUUUUUUGAAUUCAGUUUUGAGAAGCUUAUUGGAAGUCUUAAUUUAGUGCAUCUAACUAAAGUUUUGCUCUUA